AUGUGUUUGACAGGAUUCUGAAAGAGAGGAGGGGUCGGCGGCGGCACACGAGUGGAAAUCCGCACCUACAAUAGAUAGCCAUCACUUCCCGCCCCCCUCCCCUUGUCAAUCUCUAGUCUUGUGCAGUCCGUUAACCGCGGAGAGGCGAAUGCGGUGAAGCCUGUUUUAUUCGUAAGCUCAGCAACAGGGCACACAGAGUACAGGAUGCCGUUGACUCUAUCAACCCCGCACUCGGGAAGCUCCCGCUACUAGCACCGCGCGCUGCAACGCGGAAAGUAUCCAAAAAGGAGAAUGCGAAUGGUUAGAGAGGUCAGCAUACAAUUAAAAUGGAAACGAUGUAGCUUCACCGCCGCACUGCAUAUAGCUCGGGGAAACAGUUUAGAAAGUAGAUAGCUAAAUAGGACGCAUUUUGCCGUCAUACAUGCAAAGUUACUCAUCCUCUAGCCUGUAGUUGGCUGCAACAAAAGGAACCGCUGCUCGAGUGUCUUCAGAUACCAAAGAAGACAGAAGAAAUAAAUAUGUUACGGAGGAGGCUGAACCGAUUGUUUGGAGGAGAUGAGAAGAGAGUGGACAGCAGGACAAUCUAUGUAGGACAUCGGCCAUGUCCGGAUACAGAGGCCUUCAUUCAAUCCAAAUUUUGUGACAACAGAAUUGUGUCCUCCAAGUACACAGUGUGGAACUUCCUGCCAAAGAACUUAUUCGAGCAGUUUAGAAGAAUUGCUAAUUUUUACUUCCUCAUCAUAUUCUUGGUGCAGGUGAUCGUUGACACCCCAACCAGCCCCGUGACCAGUGGCUUACCUCUGUUUUUUGUCAUCACAGUGACAGCCAUCAAACAGGGUUUUGAGGACUGGCUGCGGCAUAAAGCAGACUAUGAGGUGAAUAAGUACCCAGUGACUGUGUUGGAGGAUGGUGGGUCAGUGAAGAAGGAGAGUGAGAAGAUCAAGGUUGGUGAUGUAGUUGAAGUGGUGGAGGAUGAGACCUUUCCCUGUGACCUGAUUCUGUUGCAGUCCAGUCGAGAGGAUGGCACUUGUUUUGUUACCACAGCCAGCCUGGAUGGAGAAUCUAAUCAUAAAACACACUACACGGUGCCAGACACAGAGAAAGACCUGUGGGCUCUCACUGCCACCAUCGAGUGUGAACAGCCCCAGCCUGACCUCUACAAGUUUGUGGGCCGGAUGCACAUUUACAAGCCGGAACAGGAGACAGCAGUAAGAUCUUUGGGCCCCGAGAACCUUCUCCUAAAAGGUGCUACAUUGAAAAACACCCAGACGAUUUAUGGUGUUGCAGUAUUCACUGGCAUGGAGACAAAGAUGGCACUCAACUACCAGGGCAAAUCUCAGAAACGCUCAGCUGUGGAAAAGUCCAUUAAUGCCUUCCUACUGGUGUAUCUAAGUAUCCUAAUCAGCAAAGCAGUUGUGUGUACUACUCUGAAGUAUGUAUGGCAAAGCAAAGAAGGUCAGGAUGAGCCCUGGUACAACCAGAAAACCCAGAAGGAGAAAGACACUUAUUUGUAUUUGAAGAUGUUUACAGACUUCCUCUCCUUCAUGGUCCUCUUCAACUUUAUAAUCCCAGUGUCCAUGUAUGUUACUGUGGAGAUGCAGAAAUUCCUGGGCUCUUUCUUUAUCAAAUGGGAUAAGGACUUCUUUGACCCCGAGAUCCAAGAGGGUGCGCUUGUCAACACAUCAGACCUCAAUGAGGAACUUGGCCAGGUGGAAUAUGUAUUUACAGACAAGACAGGAACACUGACCCAGAAUAACAUGGAGUUUAUCGAGUGCUGUAUAGACGGCUUCCAGUACAGACACAGAGACAAGCGGAGUGAACUGGACGGCUUCACUGUGAUGGACGGGUCUGUGAAUAAACUACAGCAGAAAGCUGGAUGGGAGAAAGAAGAGUUGUUCCUGCGGGCUCUGUGUCUUUGCCACACAGUGCAGGUGAAGGAGGCAGGGCCAGAGGAAACACUUGGGGACCAAGUGGAUGGCAUCGACGGGAUGGUGUCUCAGCCAGAGGAGGAAAGAGGAUUUAUCGCUUCUUCUCCUGAUGAGGUUGCACUGGUCAAAGGAGCUAUGUCAUAUGGCUUCACCUUCCUUGGUUUGGAGAGUAAGAGCAUGAAGAUAAGGAACAGGAAAAACGAUAUAGAAGAGUAUGAGUUACUUCAUGUCCUAAACUUUGACCCUGUACGACGGAGAAUGAGUGUCAUUGUCCAGACCAAAUCAGGGGAGAGACUGCUUUUCUGUAAGGGAGCAGAUUCCUCCAUCUUCCCUAGAGUCAAACCAGAGGAGGUGGACCGGAUACGAUUGCACGUUGAGCGAAAUGCAAUGGAGGGCUACCGUACACUGUGUGUUGCCUAUAAACAGCUAAGUGCUGAUGAAUAUGCUGUGGCAGACACUGGGCUGAGGGAGGCUAGACUGGCUCUCCAGGACAGGGAGGAGAAGCUCUUGGCCAUGUAUAAUCGGGUGGAGACGAACAUGAGUCUGAUCGGAGCAACUGCAGUGGAGGACCGACUGCAGGAAGAGGCAGCUGAGACCAUGGAGGCCUUGCAGGGGGCAGGGAUGAAGGUCUGGGUGCUGACUGGGGACAAAAUGGAGACGGCGAAGUCAACAUGCUAUGCCUGUCGCCUGUUCCAGCGGGGUACAGAGCUACUGGAGCUCACUGUGCGGACCUUGGAGGAUGGGUGGACAAAGCGUGAGGAGAAACUUCUCGAGUUGCUUCGGGACUACCAUAGAAGAGCAGUGCAGGAUGUCCCGCCUGUCAAAGCAGGGGUCACCAGGCUGUCGUCCUACAAAAGGAGUUGGUCUACUGCAAAUCAGGAGUAUGGCUUCAUCAUAGAUGGUGCUACAUUGUCGUUAGUGAUGAACGCACCUCGUGAUGCGGAUGCAAGCCUCUACAGGAGCCUCUUUCUGCAGAUCUGCCAGAACUGCACCACCGUACUCUGUUGCCGCAUGGCCCCCCUGCAGAAAGCACAGAUUGUGAGGAUGGUGAAAAACUCUAAAGGUUCCCCAAUUACUCUCUCAGUUGGUGAUGGGGCCAAUGAUGUCAGUAUGAUCCUUGAGGCGCAUGUCGGCAUUGGUAUUAAAGGCAAGGAGGGGCGUCAAGCUGUGAGGAACAGCGACUACGCCAUACCUAAGCUCAAGCACUUAAAGAAGCUCUUACUGGCUCAUGGGCAUCUCUACUAUGUGCGGAUUGCUCAUCUUGUGCAGUACUUCUUUUAUAAGAAUCUUUGCUUCAUAUUACCUCAGUUCCUGUACCAGUUUUUCUGUGGAUACUCUCAGCAGCCCCUAUACGACGCAGCCUAUCUGACGAUGUACAAUAUCUGCUUCACCUCCAUGCCAAUUCUGGCUUACAGCCUGCUGGAACAGCACAUAUCCAUCAAGAUUCUGCUGGACAAUGCCACUCUCUACAGAGAAAUAGCUAAGAAUGCCAUGUUACGCUGGCGUCCCUUCCUCUAUUGGACAGUAUUAGGAAUUUUUCAGGGUCUUCUGUUUUUCUUUGGUGUCCGUUUACUGUUCAGUAAUCCGGCUCUGCAGGAUAAUGGGCAGGUCUUUGGAAAUUGGUCUUAUGGAACAAUUGUCUUCACAGUCCUUGUUUUCACUGUCACUUUGAAGUUGGCUUUGGACACACGGCACUGGACAUGGAUCAACCAUUUUGUGAUCUGGGGCUCAUUAGCUUUCUAUGUCUUCUUCAGUUUCUUCUGGGGAGGCAUCAUAUGGCCGUUUUUGAAGCAGCAGCGGUUGUAUUUUGUGUUUGCUAACUUGCUGAGCUCAGUUUCUGCCUGGCUGGUCAUCAUCCUCCUCAUCCUCCUCAGUCUUUUGCCAGAAAUCCUUCUGGUAGUCCUCCGUAAACCCAGAGGUCCCCAUUCACGACAGAAAAUGCCAGGCCAGUCAAGUGUGGGGGACGGCCAGUCCUCUCAGUCUUCAGCCAGACCCCUGCUCAUGAGAACCUUUUCAGACAAGUCCAGUACUGUCAUAUGAACAGCUAUCAGAGGAUUCCUCGACUCACUCAGUCAGAUGGCUGCUGUCACACCCCUAUCCUACAAACAUCUGAAGGAGCGAUACUCAUGGGCAGGGACAGCCAUGAGUUAAGACUACUGAAGGGGCACUAAUAUCCACCAGGGAGACUGCCCUUCCUUCUGCCUGCCAAAAGAUAUACACAACAAUGGAACCAACUUAAACUGCUCAGACCUAGCCUUGUCCAGCACUCUGGCUUUAAUUCCACUUUUUGCGUCCUCUUCUCACCCUUACCCAAGCCUCUCAACCUUAGUAUGUUUCCAAAAGAAUAUGUUAUCGGCCCCAACAACACGUUUUCUAUCCUGUUUUUGAAUGACCACUCGCAUCAGUUAAGUGUUUUACCCUGCCGUACUGCCAUACCUUCUCAUUCAUUGCUGCUGGGAUGGAUAUAUUGUUAGCUAUGUUGUCAGUAGCGCUCAACUGCUACAGGAUGUACCAAAAUUCACAUUCUACCUGGUUCUGUCUUAUUGGUUCUCUUGCAUCAAGGAUAAUUCCAUUAAUGCCACUUUCUACCAUCAACAUGCUCUCUGGAUUCUUUUAGAUUUCUUUACUGGCCCUUUUGUAAUCACUCAGUAAUGAGGUACAAUCACAAGUCCAAAUUGUAAUUUAGAGUUUUGUAAUAUGUAGCUAUUUAAGAUCCCUAAAUGUGAGCUCUCUAUAAGAUGCUGCACUGAGGGCCUUGACCCUAUGGGUAUAAAAGCUGCCUUUCAACAACAUGCUGUGUGUAGAAUCGUAUGGAGUUCUGGAAUAGACACGGUGUCAUUUCCUAACAAAUCUGUGCGCUUGUGUGCAUGCAUGAAAAGUGUGAAAGGAAGACGCACAGAAAAUCAGUUUGUACUGUCAAAGUCUCUCAGUGUUACUCUCUGUUGAAACAGGGAUCAGUUUACAGUUGGAUUACAAAUUUAACGUGCUACUGGAAAAAAAAGUGGAUAGUUUAGCUUUAAGCCAAAAACGAUUCCAUUGAAGCAGACUAGCUGCUCUUCAAAUAGUCCCCCCCUCCCCCUGUAAAUGAAUAUGUGCCCCUAAGCACACAGCAAGAUUAAUCUUCAAGGCAAAUGUAAUUGCAUAUUGCUGAGUGAGUCAGAAAUAAGUCUCUGCUCACUGUAGAGACUUGAGAAAUUAGCCUUUCUCCACUCUCCUUAGUGGCAUUUAUAUUGAAUGUGUCAGCUUUGUGCACCAGGCCAGUACUUAAUGCUCAAGUCACAUACCAAACACGCUGUCGCACCCACACAUGUGCACACUUCACUUUUAUAAACAUAUUCACUUAUGAGUCCAUGAAGAAGUGGAGCUUAGGUUGGUGAAAUAAGGAACUCAAGUCAUGUUUGCCUCCCUUUGCAACGAAAGUGGUUAGGAGGGGGGAUAAUAUUUUCAUUCUGCUUUGUGCUUCUAAAGACAUUCCAUUUCUACGUGCCAUGGUUUCAUUCACUUUUUGGAUUAUAAUUGCAUUAUUUUAUCAAUUAUCUUGACUAUAUAAUUCAAUUUGACAUAUUUAUUGUAACUUGUAAUUAGACUCACAAAUGUUAUAUUUUUGUCAAGAGAUAUUUCUUUCAAUUCUUGAAUCGUUAUAUUGUACAUUGUCAGCUUGUGCCAAUUGAUUUUUGCUUGUGCAGUCUGCUGUUGAACAGAUUGGGUUAUUAUGUCCUGAAAGCCUGAGCAGAUCCUUUAGACCAGCAGCUCUGGGCUCUAUUUCUCUGAUCUAUUUCUGGUCUAGUCCAAGAUCAGCACCUCACAUAUGCGGUAUGAAUGCAGCUGAUCUCGAAUGUCCCUUUAAUAUAAAUUAUUUCGGUUCUUUCUCUGCUUGUUGCCCAGAAUUGUUGUCUAGCAUGUUCUGUGAUUAAUUGGGCAAAUUACAAUAAUAAUGUUUGUCUUUUAAAACAAUUCCAAUUUGGAAGGUCCCCCAUUCCAGCUUGAACUAUUUUAAGUGUGUGUGAAUGUGUGUGUGGAUUAUCCAUGGGAAAGUGGUGUGUUAGACCUCUGACUGUGUUAUGAUGCCAAACAUCUUAAGCUCGGCUCCCACUCGGGGGCGUGGCUUAUUGCAGCCAGGCCAACUAUUAAUUUCUGUUUUAACCAUGAAUCAGCUUUUCAGAUGAUAUGUUGUAUAUCAGAGCUCUUUUUACAUUCACUGAUUUUUAAUUGUACAGGUGACAAAUCGUUAAGCUUGGCCGGUUGUGGUGAUGUUUCAGCGUAAAUCCAACGUAAAUUUUUUCUUUUCUUUUCCUGUGCAUGGAUGACCACUAACCACUGGACUGAGCCCUGGAGAGCACAUACACACUCACACAAGGAUGAAUAUACACUGAUGUGUUUGUUCAGCUCAGAUUGGAAGGUGUAAACAGAACUUGCCUGCAAUGUUUGACAUUUCCAAACAGACCUUUAAUGACUUCAGAGAUGCUAUUUUCAAAGCUUAUGAUAAUUCUUGGAUUCUCAUGUUGCCUGAAUAUGUAAGAAAAAGAAAAAAGAUUUGAUUGUAUUUUUAAUUAAACUUUUUUGAGCCACUUUUUGUAAGAAAAUGAAAACAUCCACAAAAACAAAAAAACAACUGAGAAAGUCUGCCUGAUUGUGGAGAUUAAGGAAGGGCUGGUGUGUGUUGCUGUGCAAACAAAAUCAAGCAUUAACACAGUCAGCCCUACUCCCUCCAACAUAUCCCUCAGGCCCAGCUGAUCUGAAUGUACCUCUUAAGACCAGUCUGUUUCAAACUUCUUUAAUAAAAGCUGUUUUGAAUGAAA